UUGCUACACCUCCUCCCCUCUUUGUCAACACCACCUCAUAGUCAUGUCUUCCAAGAAGUCUACCGGAUCCAAGGUCAUGGGCGCCGUGUCCAACGCCAUCAGCGGCGGUGGAGCAGCCGCCGACAAGAAGAGCAAGAGCAAGGCCGUGACUCAGAGCAGCAGAGCCGGUUUGCAGUUCCCCGUCGGACGUGUUCACCGACACCUCAAGCGACGAACCCAGAACAACAUCCGCAUCGGAGCCAAGGCAUCAGUCUACACUUGCGCCAUUCUGGAAUACCUCACCGCCGAGCUUCUCGAACUGGCCGGCAAUGCAUCCAAGGACUUGAGGGUCAAGAGGAUCACGCCCAGGCAUCUGCAGCUGGCUAUCCGAGGUGACGAGGAGCUGGACUCGCUGGUUAGGGCCGUCAUUGCUGGAGGUGGUGUUCUACCGCACAUCAACAAGGCUCUCAUCAAGCCCAAGAAGGCCAAGGGAGACCCAACCCCUUCCGCUGCCUAGACAGGGACUGUUUUUGUCUCGCGAUAGCUUGAAGCAAGUCGCCUCUCGUCCCCGUCCUAAUGAGCUCUUCCUAGCGUGUCAAUCUAGACCGCCCUUCGCCCUGACUACCCCGAGACGAUCCUCGGCAUCGAUCGCAACGAUGGAAGUCUUGUUGUACAGUACCCCAUCUCCGACCCCCACCUUACCAUAGCGGACGACGAUCCGCCUAAUGGCUUCGAUUUGUCCUCUCUACUGUCGUUCUUUCCCUCUCGAAUCGUAUCUCUUAUCCCCAUGCCUCUGACCACGUCUGAGAAACGACCGGCACUGCCCUCUGAUGCACAAGGGGACGAACAAGUACAGCGUUUAGUAAAGAUUAAUUGAAAGC